AAAAGAGAGACUAGCAAUAAACUUUAAAAAAAAAGAAAAAAAAAGAAUGAAAUAGAAAAUGAUAUAGUGGAGAAUGAGAUCUAAGCUAAUGUUUCCGUGCAAUUUUAGUGGAACGACCACUCACAUAUAUAACGGUACAGUCCAAUUUCUGUAUCCACAAAUACAGGCUCUCCUCCUCUCAUCUUCCACUUCUUGUUUUUCUCGGUGUUUGCACCAAUAAACUCCAAAAAGAAAAAGAAAAAAAGUGAAAACUAAACUAGUUUGCGUAGCUCAAAACAUCCAUCGCUUGCUCCAUAUAAACCUCUUCUCCCUCUCUCUUUUUCUCCAACGGUCACAUCUCUCAACUCCCCUCAUUUUCUUGCAAAUGUCAGCUCUACUCCCUCUGUUUCUCUUAAUUUUACAUCACUGCAACAAUAUUGCUGCGGUGAAUUCCUUGAACGAUGAAGGCAUAGCACUGUUUUCAUUCAAGCAAUCGAUUGAAUCAGACCCUCAAGGCACACUCAGCAACUGGAACUAUUCCGACGAAACUCCAUGUUCAUGGAAUGGCGUUACAUGCAAGCUACAAAGAGUUGUUUCUGUUAGCAUUCCUAACAAGAAACUCUCUGGUUUCCUCUCUCCCUCUCUGGGGUCUCUGUCCGAGCUCCGGCAUCUCAACUUGAGGAGUAAUAGGUUUCAUGGCGUCUUACCCUCUCAACUGUUUAAAGCUCGCGGCCUGCAAAGUUUGGUUCUUUAUGGGAAUUCCCUUUCUGGGCCUCUCCCAUUUGAGGUUGGGAAUCUUGGGUUCCUUCAAAGUUUAGAUUUUUCGCAGAAUUUCUUUAAUGGGUCGUUGCCGUUGUCGUUGAUUCAGUGUAAAAGGUUGAGGAAUCUUGAUCUUAGUCGUAAUAAUUUUAGUGGGGUUUUGCCUGUUGGGAUUGGGGGAAACUUGGUUUUGUUGGAGAAGCUUGAUGUUUCUUACAAUGGGUUUAGUGGUUUGAUUCCUGAUGAUUUAGGCUCUCUGUCUAAUUUGAUUGGAACCGUUGAUUUGUCUCAUAAUCUGUUCAACGGUUCGAUUCCGGCUAGUCUCGGCAAUCUACCUGAGAAAGUUUACAUUGAUCUAACACACAACAAUUUAACUGGUCCAAUUCCACAAAAUGGUGCUUUGGUGAAUAGAGGCCCAACUGCAUUUGUUGGGAAUCCUGGUCUCUGUGGCCCUCCUCUCAAGAACCUUUGUUCUUCAAGUAGUGAGGCGAAUCCGCCCUCCUCGUUGCCAUACCUGCCCUACAACUACCCUCUCCAAGGUGGGGAGAAUGUUGGUGGAGGGAAGGGGCUGAGUAGAGCAACUAUAGCUGCCAUUGUUGUGGGUGAUGUUGUUGGCAUUUUUGUGAUAGGGUUGCUGUUCUCCUAUUGCUACUCGAGAUGUGGGAAGGCGAAGAGAGACCGUGCUUAUGGUGUUGAGAAGAAGGGGGGUAGAGGUAGGAAGGAGUGUUCAUGCUUCAUGAUGGAUGAGUGCUCAGAGUCUCUGUCUGAAAAUGCAGACAAGUAUGAUCUAGUGCAUUUGGAUGCAGAGGUGGUUUUCGACCUAGACGAGCUUUUGAAGGCGUCUGCAUUCGUUCUUGGCAAGACCGGGAUUGGAAUUGUGUACAAAGUUGUGCUUGAUGAUGGCCUUACCUUGGCUGUGAGAAGAUUAGGGGAAGGAGGCUCACAAAGGUUUAAGGAAUUCCAAAGUGAAGUUGAAGCUAUUGCAAAGCUAAGGCAUCCAAAUUUAGUAACUCUUAGAGCUUAUUAUUGGUCUGUUGAUGAGAAGUUACUCAUAUAUGACUUCUUACCAAAUGGGAACCUCACUGCAGCCAUCCAUGGGACUAAUCCUCUUUCAUGGUGUAUGAGAUUGAAAUUAAUGAGAGGAGUUGCAAGAGGCUUAGUUUAUCUACAUGAAUACAGUCCCAAGAAAUAUGUCCAUGGCGAUCUAAAGCCAUCAAACAUAUUACUCGACCACAAAAUGGAGGCGAAGAUCUCUGAUUUUGGCCUCGGCCACCUUGCUCACAUAGCCGGUGGGGUGAUCACGGAGGAGCACCACCACCAUCAGAGGCAAGGCAGAUCACCUGCAGCCUCCUAUCGGGCUCCUGAGGCCGUGAAGGUGGCGAAGGCGUCCCAAAAAUGGGACGUCUUCUCGUAUGGGAUGAUCCUGCUUGAAGUCUUGACAGGGAGGUCAGUGAUGGAUCUUGUUAAUUGGGUGCAGCUAUGCAUUGAAGAGAAGAGGCCUCUGUCAGAGAUAUUGGAUUUGCAUUUGAUUCAAGAAAAUGGUGAUGGAGAGGAAGAGAUGAUAUGUGUGUUGAAGAUUGCAAUGUUGUGCACACAAGCCAGCCCUGAUAGGAGGCCUUCAAUGAGGCAUGUUUCGGAUGCGCUGGAAAGACUCCCACUUUCCCGCGAAUAAAAGUUCGUUCAAGCUCGUUUAAUAUAAUUUGGCCUCGUUGGUUUGUGACUUGUGUGAUGCAUUAGUUUUAAUUUUUUUGGGUAUUUUUGGUUGAGACAUGCUGCAUAGGUGAAAUUAUUCAUUUGUAACAUGUAAAUGUGAUCAAAUCAUUGCAAUUUUUGAGUUUGCCUAUUAUUUGUUAUUGGUGAUA